AUCGAUAUUAUGAUUUGAAAUUUAUUAGUAAAAUAUCAUUACUACCUUAAUUAUCUUUCAUAAUGAUUAUUUUCCUUUCAUGCUGGAAUAAUUUUGACUUUUUGACUAAAUAACCGAACCCCAUGUAAAUCAUGUAAACAAUUCAGUACGAACUACUAAUUUGAAGUAUGAACCAAGGUUUAGGGAUACUGAAAUCGAAAAUGGAGGGCAUCAAGGAUGAGAGGGAAAGAUUUAAGCAAGUAUAUGAACUUCUCAAGACAGAGUUGCUCCAAGAUUCUGCCUUUGAAUAUGACCAUGUCUCCUGUCAAUGGCUCCACAAGAUGCUGGAUUAUAAUGUUCCUGGGGGAAAACUCAAUAGAGGGCUGUCUGUGAUUGAGAGUUGUAGGUUACUAAGUGAUGGAAAACAGCUUGAUGAAGAUGAGCUUUUCCGUGCUGCUGUUCUUGGUUGGUGCAUUCAAUGGUUGGUGGGUUGUGUGCUCGUGUUUGAUGAUGUUUUGGAUAACUCUCAUACAAGGCGUGGCAAGCCUUGUUGGUAUAGAUUGCCAAAGGUUGGCAUGAUUGCUUUAAACGAUGGCAUUCUACUUUGGAAUCAUAUUAACAGGAUUCUUCGGAAACACUUCAGAGAUCAACCGUAUUAUGUAGAUCUUCUUGAUUUGUUCAACGAGGUGGAGUACCAGACAGCUUGUGGAGAAAUGAUCGAUCUAAUAACUACUCUUGAGGGUGAAAAAGAUUUGCUGAAAUAUACUCCAGACCUUCAGCGCCGCAUCAGCAAGUUCAAAACUGCUUAUGGAACAUUUUAUCUCCCGUUUGCCUGUGCUUUGCUCGCUUCAGGUAAAAAACUGGAUGAUUAUAUAGACGUGAAGGACACCCUUCUUGAGAUGGGCAUCUACUUCCAAGCACAGGACGACUAUUUAGACUGCUACGGUGAUCCUGAAACGGUUGGCAAGAUUGGAUCAGACAUUGCAGAUCACAAGUGUUCAUGGUUGGUCGUGAAAGCUUUAGAGCUUAGCAACGAUGAGCAGAAGAAAUUGUUACGUGAUAACUACGGAAAACCAGAUCCUGAAAAUGUUGCAUCAGUGAAAUCCCUCUACAUAGACCUCGAUCUUCAGGGCGUUUUUGCUGAAUACGAGAAGAAUGUUUAUGAGGAACUAAAAGUCCGCCUUGAAGCUUUUCCGAGUAAAAGUGUGCAAACUGUACUGAAGUCGUACUUGGUUAAAAUCUACAAGAGGCGGAAAUAGGUAUUAAAGAGCGUCAUUAACGGAUAAAAUCUUUAUUACGUCAUCUUGGCUCCUUAACUCGAGCACUAACAAUAUGCAUGUCCCUGACUAGUAACGGCAUGUUGGCUCGGUCGACGAAACUGAGCUACUAAUUAUACAAUAAUUUAUGGCACUGCACAAAUAAGCACCUCAAACAAUAAGUUGAAAAUCCUUUUGUGAUCCAUCAAAAUAUGAUUUUGCAAUCAUGAACAUCAUCAUGAAUAUUCUUAUUUUGAACUUGAA